UGAGCCUUUCAGGGGGAUUAGUAGAGGGGAGUAUAUAAGAAGACCACAGAGCAAAGAACAGCCAGACACAAUCUGACCAGAGAGACAUCCGCCAGAAGCCAACUGCAAAAAACAGUGUAAAAGAUGGCAGACGCAGGCGUUGCAGCCCCCGCCGACAAGAAGGCACCUCCCAAGUUCAAGCAGAGGGCCCCUCGUGUCUUCAAGAGCAAGGCCCCUAAGCCCGGCCAGAAGGGAUUCGGAGACGACAUCCCCGGCAUGGAGGGUCUUGGCACAGACAUCACAGUGGUUUGCCCAUGGGAAGCCUUCGGGGACAUGGAGCUCAGCGACUUGGCGAAAUAUGGAAUUGUCUAG